UGUGUGUGUGUGUGUGUGUGUGUGUGUGUGUGGGAAACAUUGCGCGCAUACAACUAUACACAUGGAGUGGAUUUUUUGUAGCAACGCUUUUUUUUGCGUUGUGUGCGAGCAACGAUUCCCCCAGGCUACAAUUUUUGUCGCGACGCGAAUGACCCCGCAGACCGAAGCAGUCAAAUACGUUGCCGAAUCUUGGAAUCGUUUCCUUGCGGGUUUUACAUCGUUCGUGCUGUCGUCGAACUAAUAAGACCCAUGAAUUUUGUAGCUAAAUGUUUCAAACAGAAUAUGACCAUCAAAUGGCGUUCUACUUUGCACUUAUUGUCAUUUCAUCAGAAAUUCGUUGUGCCAUUAGCUACAUUGUUGUCAUUACCAUAGCAUUAACAAAAUGCCGAAGCCGAAACGUACGUACAAUCAGAGAACAAAAGAUUCAAGACAAUCAGAUGACUUAUUGCCAGAGUUGAUCGAACUUGGUGCAGAUCGGAUCAUUGAGGUAGAAAUGCAACAAGUUAAAGAUGCAAAAAAUAAGCAGAAUCUCGUUGAAAUAAGCCAAAAUCCUCCAACACUGGCCGAAACUCUCGUGGCAGACACGUUCGGAGCAGACACGCCAGUAGUGAACUCGUCCCUUGCGGACAUGUCUGUAGCGGGCAAGUCCAUAGCGGACACGUCCGUAGCGGAAACGUCCGUAACGGACACGGCCAUAGUAGAAACGUCUGUAGCGGCCACAUCCUUAGUGGACACAUCCGCAGCGGACACAUCCGUAGCGGACACAUCCGCAGCGGACACAUCCGCAGCGGACAAGUCCGUAGCGGACACGCCAGCAGUAGGAACUCCCGUUGCAGACACACCCGUAGCAGACAUAUCCAUAACUGACACACUCGUGCCUUACAUCAGUGAUAACAUUAAGUUUGUUAGCGUUGGGACAAAUACGGACCGGGAAGAUUGGAAACAAGCGGACCAUCCUUUCCGAACAGAAGGUAUGCUUGAAGAAUUGAAAGUAAUUCUUGACAACCAAUUGGACCAGUUCAUUAAAAUGCAAGAGAUAACUUAUGCUAGGAUAAAAGCACUCACGAAGGAAAUAAUUAAUGAGUCUACGUCGCGAGAAACCUGAAAGUUUCAUUCAUUAUAAGCAUUUUAGUUUAAGCAUGAUUCAUAUAAUGAAUCUCAAAUGUUAGAUAAGAUGAUAAAAAACCUAUCUGUUGAUAUGAAAAAGUACAAAUACAAAUGAAGUUAAAACAAAAGUGUAUCUAAAACGAAUUGUGGUCCUGAAAAAGGUUUCUUUGCCUAGUUUUAGUCGAGCCUGGAUAGCGAGGGAGAGAGAGAGAGAGAUAGACGAACGUUUUGUGUUCAUUCUGCUCACUGAAUGUUGCCUGGGUUUCGAAUCCCUUUCCAUCGGGCUCUCACUGUGAGUAGGAUUAUUCUCACGUUCUGAGCUACAGGUGUGAGAAACAUGAAGUAGAGCUUGGGAACGCAUCAGAGCAAAAGAACGAAUCAGAAUAAAAACUAUUAUGUUUUGACCUAAAAAACUAUUCAAAUAAUGUAGAAAAUAGCCUCGGUAAUUAGAUUUAAGUGAGUACCUUUAUAAAUAAGCGACUUAGAGUAUUUUAAGUAAAACCGUGGGCAAAAGGGUUUCAAAAAUAAACCGUUGCUAGGGGCGAGCUUCACCACCCGUUCCAAACAAACUCACAACAACACAACAAAUAAACGUCACUUUAGUGGUCGGUUCAGAGGAUCAUUGUUUACGGCACAGUGCCUUACAAUCAGGUGGAUUACCUUCGGAGCAGGUGAUUGUUUUGCGGUAAAACAUAGAAAAUCUUCCUCCUUCGUCCGGUUCCCGGUCAGCAAUCGUUUCUGCACUGUGGAAACGAUGCGUGCCAUUCCGAAAUGGGUUGAGAAAAUCCACGAUUCCAGCGAGAAGAGCGAUGUCGCAAGUAUCCACUCGAUUUGCUACCAUCCGGAAGGACUGCAGCUUGUGGUCGGUGCCGGGGACAAGGUGCUCGUGUACGAUCCGAUCGAUGGCAAUCUGAUCAACUCGCUCAAGGGCCACAAAGACACGGUGUACUGUGUGGCGUACGCCAAAGAUGGCAAAAAGUUUGCCUCGGGAAGUGCGGACAAAACGGUCAUCAUAUGGACGCAGAAGCUGGAAGGGCUGUUAAAAUAUUCCCACAACGACUCGAUCCAAUGCUUGGCGUUCAACCCGAUCUCGCACCAGCUGGCCUCGUGUGCGGUGUCGGAUUUUUCCUUCUGGUCAUCCGAGCAGAAGGCGGUCCAAAAGUACAAAUCGGUCGCGCGCAUUAACGCGUGCGCCUGGACCAACGAUGGGCAGUACAUUGCGCUCGGGCUGGCAAAUGGAACGAUCUCGAUACGCAACAAGGCCGGCGAGGAGAAGAUCAAGGUUGAUCGGCCGGGCGGAACGAACAGUCCCGUGUUCGGGCUCGCCUGGAACCCACCGGCAACGUCCGGCUCGUCGGACAUACUGUGCGUGAUCGAUUGGGCCCAGACGCUGUCGUUCUACUCGCUCGGUGGUCAGAUGAUCGGCAAGGAGCGCAACUUUGGGUUCGAUCCGCUGUGUUUAACGUUUUUCCCGAACGGGGAGUUUCUGAUAGUGGCCGGCUGCAACAAGGCGCUGCAGCUGUUUACGCGCGAUGGCAUCCGGCUGGGGCUGCUCGGGGAGCAGCACGAGUCGUGGAUUUGGAGUGCGGCCGUCCAUCCCGCCGGGAACUGUGUGGUCGUUGGCUGUCAGGACGGAACGCUGGGAUGUUACACGCUUGCGUUCAAUACGGUCCACGCGCUGUACCGCGAACGGUACGCAUUCCGGGAGAACAUGUGCGACGUAAUCAUUCAGCAUCUCGUAUCCGGCCAGAAGGUACGCAUCAAGUGUCGCGAUCUCGUGCACAAGAUCGCCAUCUAUCGGAACCGGCUGGCCGUGCAGCUGCCGGAACGUGUCGUGCUGUACGAGCUUAGCUCGGCCGAAAAUCAACCGAUGCACUACAAGGUGAAGGAAAAGAUAGCGAAAAAGUUUGACUGCAGCCUGCUGGUGGUUUGCGCCCAGCAUCUGGUGCUGUGCCAGGAGAAGAAACUGCAGAGCCUCGACUUUAACGGGGUGCUGCAGCGCGAAUGGAUGAUGGAUAGCUUCAUACGCUACAUCAAGGUGACGGGAGGACCGGCCGGGCGCGAGGGGCUGCUGUUGGGAUUGAAAAGUGGCCAAGUUUGGCGGAUCUUUCUCGACAAUUCGCUGCCGAUUCUCGUCACGACGGUCCUGUCGUCGGUGCGCUGUCUCGAUUUGAACGCAUCGCGCACCAAGCUGGCGGUGGUCGAUGAUGCUGGCAGGUUGGUCGUGCGGGAUCUGCUUGCCGACACGAUGCUGUAUCAGGAUGCGAGCGUCAAUUCGGUCGCCUGGAACACGCACCUCGAAUCGAUGCUGUGCUACUCCCACACGACCGGUGGCUUAAGCGUACGCGUUGGCUCGUUGCCACCGCGCAGCCCGCAAACGAUGCUGGGCGUGGUGGUUGGUUUGUGCGGCGCAACGGCCUUCUGUCUGCGGGGGAACGUGAUGAGCAAUGUGCCGCUGGCGCUCGGUGCUACCAUGUGGCAGUUUGUCGAGGCAGGAUUAUUCGAGGAUGCCUAUCAGGUGGCGUGCUUGGGCGUACCGCUCUCCGACUGGGAAGGACUCGCGCAAGCCGCCCUGGAUGCGCUCAACUACCAGGUGGCCCGUGACGCUUACGUCAAGGUGCGCAAUCUACCCUGGCUCGAGCUGAUCGGCGAUCUGAAGGAGCGCCAGAAGCGUGGCGAAACGUCGAAGGAAGUGCUGCUAGCGGAAACGUACGCGUUCGCCGGAAAGUACAAGGACGCGGCCCGGCUGUAUCAGAAAGCGGGCAACAACGGUAAGGCGCUGGCGAUGUACAGCGAUCUGCGCAUGUUUGAUCUUGCCCAAGAGUUCCUGAAGGAAGGAAGCGCCGCCGACCGGAAGGAGUUGAUACGCCGGCGUGCUGAGUGGGCCUGCUCGGUGCAUGAACCGCGCGCCGCCGCCGAACUCUUGCUGUCGGCCGGUGAAGCGGAACGUGCGAUCGAGAUCGUGGCCGAGCAGGGUUGGGCCGACGUACUGCUGGACAUUGGGCGACGGUUGGCGGCAUCGGAAAAAGCGCCACUCGAGCUGAUCGCCAGCCAUUUGCGGCGGUUGAAAGCUCUCCCGCUUGCGGCAGAAAUCUAUCGAAAGCUGGGCGAAGAGGAACAAGUCGUGCAGCUGCACGUGGAGGCGAGAGAUUGGCCGGAAGCGUUUCGGUUGGCCGAGCAUUUGCCGAAGGUGUUGCCCUCGAUACACUUCCAGCACGCACAGUGGCUUGCCGAGUCGGAUCAGUUCAUUGCAGCGCACGAAGCAUACAUUUCGGCGGGGAAACCGCAUGAAGCAACGAAACUGUUGCGGAAUCUGGUCGAAUGUGCCGUCUCGGAGGAACGCUAUCUGGAUGCGGGCUAUUACACGUGGUUGAGAGCGAAACAGGCCCUGAAGCUGCUCGGUGAUGGGAAGCCGGCGAGCGAUUCCGGCGCAGAAGACUAUCGAGCGUUGUUGAAGCUUUCCUCGAUUUAUUACGCUUACAAUACGAUCAAUUCCUAUCUGAAGGAACCGUUCACGAGCAGUCCCCCGUUGACGCUGUUCAAUACGAGCCGGUUUGUGGUGAACCAGAUCAAUGGAGCGCUGCCACCGAAGGGAAUCAGUUUGUUCGCCGUUUACUACACCCUGUCCAAGCAGGCGAAAGUGCUCGGCGCAAACAAACUGCAUCUGCAGAUUAACAACAAGCUGCAAUCGCUGAAGAUACCGGCCGGCAUACAGGAGCAGGUGGACAUCAGCUACAUCAGCAGCCGUGCCUGUCCCGGUGGCUUUAACGACCCGGAGGAACUGUUGCCGAUGUGCUACAAGUGCUCGAACUACAGUCCCCAUCUGCACGGCAAUCGGUGCCCGAACUGCCAGCAGGAGUACGUCUUUUCGUACGUUUCGUUUGAAAUUCUCCCACUGGCAGAGUUUGCACCGGAGCCGGGCAUUAGCGAGCUGGACGCGGAACGGUUGCUGUUGGCACCGCCGAAAAGUGCAGCGUACGAUCAGCAGGAUCAAUUCAUUCAGGAGGACAUUAUUGACACCUAUCCGUCAACGCUCGAUCGUGAUGCGCUGCGGGCGAUCGACCCGAGGGAAGUGAUCAUCGUGCGUGGACCGGCACCGCUAGCCACGCGCUACUACCGUAACUUGCUGCCCGAGCUGCAAAUUACCGUCUGCUCGGAAUGCAAUCAGGUGUUCCACUCGGAAGACUUUGAGCUACAGUUUCUGCAGAAGGGCCACUGUCCGUUCUGUCGCUCCACCGACGAAAGUCUUAUGAAUUGAACAUUUGCCACGCAACGUUUCCGAUCUCAAGCAUUCCGUCGGAACCUUUUCCGUCCAAUUGGAAGCCUUAGAAGCUUGUAGUUGUAAGUGUUUAACGGACAAGGUUUAAUUGCACGAUACUCAAUACAUCGUAAGAGAUAUUAACUAAGUGUGAAAACGGGUUUCAUUUCGUGGAGGGUUUUUGGCACUGAAUUAUGUUUUAGAGUUGAAUUAUUUUUAUUCCUAAUUUAUGCUAAUAAAAAGAGUAUUUUAAGGCAC